GGCCCCCCAUCCCAUCCCGGCCCGUCUCUUCUUCGCCGGGCCCCCUUUACACUCCCCUGCUACUCCUGGGGGUAUAAAGAACCCCGGUGCACCUUCCUCAGAGUCACAGACAAGAACGGCAACGUUGAAGCCGACAUGACUCCUUUCAUCGCGUGUAUGGUAGUCGGUCUGGCAGGGUUCGCCCUGGCCGAGCCGCCAGUAUCUUCCGGCUAUAACUACAACAGGCCAAGCAUCGGAGGAGGUGGUGGUGGAUUCUCCCUGGGCGGCGGCGGUGGAUACUCUGGAGGUGGUGGAUUCUCCGGAGGUGGCGGAUACUCCGGAGGUGGAGGUGGAUCCGGAGGCUACACCCAGGUCUCCACUGGAGGCCAGACGAACGAGGGUGCCUCCGUUGAUGGAGCUCUCCUUGAGCAAAUCCGCCAGAUCCUCCUGAAGGAAGAAAGCCAGUCCGGGGGUGGAUUUGGAGGCAGCUUUGGAGGCGGUUACAGCGCACCCAGCUCGAGCUAUGGAGCACCCAGCUCCAGCUACGGAGUGCCCAGCUCCAGCUACGGAGCACCCGGAGGUUCCGGCAGAGUCGUCGGAAUCGAUCUUGAAGGAAUCAGACAGGCCAUCCAGGUCGCUCAGUUCAACCAGAUCAGCCAAGGAUCCUCAGGUGGAUAUCCCAGCGGACCCAGCGGUGGUUACCCCAGCGGACCCAGCGGCGGUGGAUACCCAUCCGGAAGACCCAGCGGCAGCUACGGUGCUCCCUUCUAAGAUAGAAAUUUCUAAAAAGUAAUUGAAACCCCGGGACAGGCACCGCGUCGACUAAAAGAUCCUAGAGAUUCUUCCAGGAUUCUAAUCCAGGUUUGCAUUAGGAUCCUGGAAAGAUUUGAUGCCCCGCUCUAACUAUUUUUCAAGAAGAAGAUCUCCAGUAAAACUGAUUCAAGUCAUAGCUCAACGGAGGUCAGGACCUGAGCCGGAGGAGAAACAUGCCUCAUCAGACCAUUAUCAUCGGAGAAACGUCGACACGGUGCCAAGAAGUAACAAAAUUUUUUCGUCCCACCACAUGGACAAAGGGGGCAGAUGGGGAAAAGCAGGAAGAAGAAAGCCUUCAGGAUCUCAAGAAGAUCGAUCAGCAUCGUAAAAAUUAUGAAAAAGGAGGUCUAAGAGACCUGGAGGACGUGAUUCGCGCGAAAGCGCCUUGUAAAUAAUACACACUCACACAAGACACUUCUCGACGAGCUCACAGCAUCCGGUCAUUCUCAACGAGCAGGAAAAAGAACAGCAUUUUUUAUCAGAUCUUGGAUUCUCGAGAGCAGCAGACAUUUUUAGAAAGUAUCCUUGGGGCACUUUUUCAAGACUUCUGCAUUUCUGAUGAUUCUCUUGGUCGUUGAUGAUUCUGGUGCGGGGGAGUUAAAACCAAACACAUGUAUACAGACUACAAGAAAUUUUAAGUACACUAUUUUUUUACUCUGUAAUACCAUUGCCUUAACCACGCAUUUUUUUACUGUAUAAAGCUUUUUUGUAGAAAAAAAAAUAAAAAUACGUCGCCACCGUUAAAA